AUGUCAUCUGAAAAAGGAAAUUUGUCUCGUGUACGAAAACAAAAAUUUCAAAAUUCAUUUAAAUAUAAAAAUGAUCUACAUGAUACAAGUCAUACAAUAAAACAUAUAAAUGCAUUAGAAUUAAAAGGUUUAUGUGAACAUUGUCGAAAUGUUAUUCAAUGGAAAAUAGAAUUUAGAAAAUAUAAACCAUUAUCACAAGCGAAAAAAUGUGUGCGUUGUCUACAACGAACAGUAUUGCGGGCCUAUUACAUUGUAUGUGAUGAUUGUGGUAUUAAUUAUAGUUUAUGCUGUAAAUGUGGACAAACAAACAAUGAUAUCGAACGACCUGUCCCAGAAGUUGUUGAAGUUCGUGAACAAGCUGAAUUUGAACUUGAUAUUAAAUCAUUGCGUGAGAGACAACGAAGUAUGUUUUAAAAUGUAUAUCUUAUCGAUGAAAAAUCUAAUAUAAUUCUGUUUUUAGGAAAAUUUUAUCG